GAAUAAUUGUUUAAUCAUCGCGCUGCUUGGCAGUUGGCACUGGCAGGCUCGCUAUAUCCCAGUGUCUCUCAGACGCAGUUUCCGAACAAAUGAAAAAACCCAACUGACUAUACCACGACCUCCAUGGGCAACCCACCGUCGAUCCACGCCCUCAUCACCUUCUACCUCUCCGAGCACCCUUCAAUUGUCGGCUUCCGUUGGAGCCACACCCAAUCCUGGGGCUCCACGUGGUCCUUCCUCUUCUCCUCCAUAUCCCUCUACCUCCUUCUCUCCCUCUCCCUAUCCCUCCUCCUCCGCCCCCUCCACCGUCCUCUUCCCCUCGGCCCCCUCCCCGCCCUCCACAGCCUCGCCUUGUCCCUCCUCUCCGCCACAAUCUUCGCCGGCAUAUUCCUCUCCGCCGCCGCAGAGAUCCGCGACACCCGGUGGUUCUGGCGCCGCACGAAGACCCCCUUGGAGUGGCUACUCUGUUUCCCACUCGGCACUCGCCCCUCCGGCCGGGUGUUCUUCUGGUCCUACCUCUACUAUCUCUCCCGCUUCCUCCAUAUGCUCACCACCAUUCUUGCAAUCUUAAGACGUCGCAGGUUGUUGUUUUUUCAAGUCUUUAACCACUCCAUCUCCGCCUUCACGUCAUUUUUGUGGCUCGAAUUCUCUCAGUCCUUUCAGGUCCUCGCAAUCCUCUUCACCACUCUUGUCUACUCCCUCGUCUACGGUUACAAGUUUUGGACAGCUAUUGGCUUCCGCGGCGCCUGUUUUCCGUUCGUCCUCAACUGUCAGAUCGCCCUCCUCGGUUGCAACGUUGCGUGCCACGUUGGGGUUUUCUUUCUCCACUUCUUCUUCAAGGGUGGGUGCAAUGGGAUUGGCGCGUGGGUCUUCAACUCUGUCCUCAACGGCGCUGUGUUGUUGCUCUUCCUCAACUUCUAUGUGAGGGUUUAUGUUUUUGGCAAGAGGGAGAGAAAGAUCAUUCAUGGUGACUGUGCUCGCUCAUCGUGCCCUGUUUUGAUCUCUGGAAAUUGAAAAUCAGUUAUUCCCUUCCGUCCCUCAUAGUUUGUCCAUUCAAAAAUCCAGUGUACUAAUUUAUGAAAAGUGGAAACUCAGGUACAGACUUCAUAUGAAGUUGAUCAUCUAACAGCUCUCAUCUAUUAACUUUAUAUGUCGAGUGCACUUGAAUUUUUUCUUUUAUGAAAGGGUGAAGACUCCCUUAUAAUUAUCUCUAUUUAAAGUUAAUAGACGAAAAAUAUUAGAUAAUUUAAUAUAUUUAACUAAAUUAUUAUCAAUGUAAUAGCUUCAUGUAAAAAUAACUUGUGAUGAAUUCUCAUCUUACGGAGUAGACAGUUAUUUCAAAGCGGUGGGGAGUAGAUAAUGAUAAUUGUAAGCUGAGGAUCAGAAAAUGAGUGGCACUCUCUAUGGUCUAUGCUGCUGUUUGGGUCCAAAAUUUCCAGGUUAAUGGUUGGUCACAUUUUGUACAAAAGUAUAGCUAAGACAAAAACAGUAGAAAGUGGAAAGUACUUUUUUAAGUAUAGAAAUAAUUGAAACUACAAUAAUGUAGAAAAUUAAAGUUUUGUCAAUUACGUGUAAUGAAUAUGAUUGAGAAUUUGUUGUGUUAGGUUAUCACUUUAUUUGAGGAUGCAUAUCGCGUAGAAUAUUCAUCUCACGUUAGGUUGAAAUAAUGAAGUCACUGCAUAGCAGUAAGAUACGAAGCACAUGCCAAAUAUUCCAUGAUGCUUCAAAUAAAUUUCAGUUGGAGUUGGGUGCUA